CCGAAGACCCGUGUCUUCCAGGCACCGCCGGCCUGAGACUGGCCCACCCCGCGGUGCCGACCUCGGGGGCGGGCCAAGACCCUGCUGCUCGCGAUGGUCCCGCCGGGCCAGCCCUGAGCCCCGCGCCCCUACCCCCAGCCCGGGAGUCUCCACCAACUUCUGCUCGGGAGCUCCACUCUGCCCCUGCUUUUGGCGCAGGGCCACCUCGGCAGCCCUGACAGUGCCGACCCUACGGAGUGCCCAGAAAGGCCACGGGGUGGGCUCGCGCCUCCCUGGCUCUUUCUGGAUGGAGGCGCUUCCAGAAGGAGCCAGCUGCAUGCUUUGGCCUUCACCUUGCAGCCUCUGCUGACCACACCUCCCUUAGCGCAGAGGCUGCCCCGGGAGCAGGAAAUGCUGUACCAGCACAGCCGGCUCCCCGGGAUCCGGGUCUGACCGCUAGGAUGGAGGUGGGGCCGGCAGCCAAGACCUGCGUGCUGGAGCUGCGAUGUCUUGAGGAUGGGGGCCCGGGGCCUGGCACCCUCUCAGGUGGCAGCGGUGGGAGCAAGAGUCAGGAGGAGGAAGAGGCUCAAGAGGGGAGCAGCAGCCCACAACAGCCAGCAACCGCAGCCCCAAGAAAGGCCAGGGAAAUCACUGAGAAAGUCAGGCUGAAACAACAGGAGUCACAACAGUCAGAACAGCAGCCAGAGCUGCAACAACAGCCACAGCCUGAGCAGCUGCAACAGCAGCAACCACAAAACCAACUAUUAAGACAUAGGCCAGAAUUGCAACAGCAGCAGCAGCAGCAGCAGCAGCAGGAUGGGCAACAGCAGCUGUCUCAACGACAGCAGGAACUACAGGAAAAACACCAAUCCAUGCAGCAUCAGGAACUGAAACCAGAACUGCAGCCAAUGCAACAGCCACAACAGUUACGGGAGCAGCAAGUGCAAGAGCAACAGCUAUUACAGCAGCAGCAACAACAGUUACAGCAGCAGCAAGUGCAAGGGAAACAAUUGUUGCUGCAGCAGCAAGUGCAAGAGCAACAGCAGAAGCAGUUACAGCAGCAGCAAGUACAAGAGCAACAAUUGUUGCUGCAGCAGCAGAAACAGUUACAGCAGCAGCAAGUGCAAGAACAACAGCUGUUGCUGCAGCAGCAAGUGCAAGGGCAACACCAGGGGCAAUUACAGCAGCAGCAAGUGCAAGAGCAACAUUUUUUGCAGCAACAGCAGGAACAGUUACAGCAGCAGCAAAGGCAACCAUUGUUGCAACAACAGCAGGGACAGUUACAGCAGCAGCAAGUGCAACCAUUGUUGCCGCAACAGCAGGGACAGUUACAGCAGCAGCAGCAGCUACAUCAGCAGCAACAGUUCCAACAGCAACAUGAACAGCUACGGCAGCAGCUACUGUUGCUACAGCAGCAGGAACAAUUGCAGCAGCAGCUAUUGCAGCAGCAGCAGGCACAGUUACAACAGCAGCUGCUGCAGCAGCAGCAGGUACAGCUACAGCAGCGGCUAUUGCUGCAGCAGCAUGAACAGUUACAGCAGCAGCAGCAGCUGUUGCAACAGCAGCAGGAACAGUUGCAACAGCGGCUGCAGGCCCCUCCACUGGAGCCAGAGGAGGAGGAAGAGGUGGAGCUGGAGCUCAUGCCGGUUGACCUGGAGCCAGAGCAGGAGCGGGAGCUGGAGCAGCGGCGGCAGGAGAUGGAGCGGCAGCGGGAGCUGGAGCGACAGCAGGAGCAGAGGCAGCUGCAGCUGAAAAUGCAGGAGCAGUUGCAGCAGCUGGAGCAACAGCUAGAGCAGCAGCAGCAGCUGGAGCAGCAGCAGCUGAACCAGCAGGAGGUGCAACUGGAGCUGACCCCCGUGGAGCUGGGCGCCCAGCAGCCUGAGCUGCAGCUGGAACUGGUGCCUGCUGCAGGGGGCGGCGGGGCGGCUGUGCCGGGGGCUCCUGCAGCGGUCGUGGUGGCCCCGCCGGGCUACGUGGUGCUGCAGGAGCUCAUGGUGCUGCCCGCCGUGGCCACGCCGACCGUGGUGGCCAUCCCGGGCCCGGCGGGCAGCGCGACGCUGACACCUCCGCGGCAGCGGCGGCGGCGGCGCGGCCGGGACCGGCCGACCAUCUGCGGGGAGUGUGGCAAGGGCUUCAGCCGCAGCACGGACCUGGUGCGGCACCAGGCCACGCACACGGGCGAGCGGCCGCACCGCUGCGGCGAGUGCGGCAAGGGCUUCUCGCAGCACUCGAACCUGGUGACGCACCAGCGCAUCCACACAGGCGAGAAGCCCUACGCCUGCUCCUACUGCAGCAAGCGCUUCAGCGAGAGCUCGGCGCUCGUGCAGCACCAGCGCACGCACACGGGCGAGCGGCCCUACGCCUGUGGCGACUGCGGCAAGCGCUUCAGCGUGUCCUCCAAUCUGCUGCGCCACCGGCGCACGCACUCGGGCGAGCGGCCCUUCGUCUGCGAGGAUUGCGGCGAGCGCUUCCGCCACAAGGUGCAGAUCCGCCGCCACGAGCGCCAGCUGCACGGCGCCGGCCGCUCGCGGGGCCUCGGCCUGCUGCGCGCCCCACGGCCCGCGGCACCCGGAGGUCCCCAGCGCGCGGAGCAGGCCACCGCGCCCGCCGACAAGGCGCCGUGAGCCGGGGAGCCACGCUGCCUGCGAGAAGCACCACGCCCGGCUCGCUGGAGACAUCCUGGAAUGGCCUUGGGGAAGGCCAGCUUCCAUCGUGGUCUGGAGUCCGUAGAAGUACGGGGUUCACAGAUCAUCCCCCAAAACCAUCCGUAAGAGAAAAGCCAACUGGGGCUGAAACAGCACGGGGGACACAUUUGUUCCUGAGCAGCGGUGGCCUGGAGGGCUGCCCAGUGAGACACGAGAGCCACAGAGGAAAAUCCCAGCCACAGUUGGUGACAUUUGACGCGGACCGGACACUAACCAGGGAAUCAGACACAUGUCGUGAAACGAGCGUGGGAAAGAUUUGAUCCUGGUGAAAUUAUUUCAAGGAGAAAAACGGGCAAAAAAAAAAAAAGGAAACUUUAUGUGCACUAUGUAGAAAACUCAUGAGGGCAUUAAAUUGUCCUCAGGGGCAUUUGCGUCGGAAAUACUUUCUAGGAUGAAAAUUCAUCAGGGUGGAUGUAAUUCUGAUGAAGAUGCCUGUGUUCAUAAACACAGGGUCAGAGUGUUCACGGGGUCUACGUGCAAAUAAAUGCCGGGCAGACGUGCUCUGGGUUGAAGGUAAAACCUUCCCUCCAAGGGAGCCCCGGGCUCUGCGGGGGCGCUCCCGAGCCCACUGUACCCCUUAAUGUCCUCUCGAGUAAGAGCCUAUGGCUGAAGCAGGGGCAUUCUGGGGGUGUUCGCCAAAGUGUUAGAAGAAGGGCUUAGAAAGAGCUCCUGGGUAUCCCCACUGUGGCCUCCCUGGGAUCCACCGGCCCCAGGGCCGGGCACCUUGAGACCAGGGGCUGGGUUCUGAACCAGGCUAUGAUGGGGGGUGGGGGCAGGCUGCCAAGCAGACCCUGCCCCUUGGUUGGGACUGGGGGAAGAAUGUUGGGGACAAGGAUGGGGGGGGGCAACAAAUGUUCUUUAUCACGUUUACCAAAUCGUCUGGGACCGGGGCUGUGAGAGCAGCAGCAGUUGCUGACACCUUGUGGAAAGGGGGCGGGGAGGGGCAGCUACCCUCCACCUCUGGUCCCCAAGCACUUUCUGCUCCACCUGACUUUUCAUGUGUGGCCGCUUCUUUCCUGCCCUUCUCUUCCCUCCCUGCUUCUCCUUUACUAACACAGCCUGCUACAUUUUUACAAAUGUGUUGGUAAGUGAGAAA